AAAGAAAAAUAUCAGGAUAUGCUCUGGUACUUCGUAGCUCUGACAUGAUCUAGAGUGGUCUUAUUUAGAUCACUAUUUCAUCUCUUCACUAUCUUAUUCUUGCACACCUCAUUUCCUGCAUACAGAACCAUUGAAAUAGAUCAUGAGGGUGAUGUGGCUACUGCAUGAGGUCAGUCAACCAAGCACCCUUCUACUCUAUUUUCAAUCUGUAUUCGUCUUGGACCCUUUCAGUGCAUGUUCUUCUUUUCCUUUUUUGUUCCUGUAUUUGACAUCAUUUCCUGAGUGGUAUCUUGGUUUAACAGCAAAGCCAGACCUUCUUCUCUCCACACAAUGCAAGAAGAUGUUUAAAAUGGAUGUUCAUCUUUUCCUCCUCUUGCCAUGCCUUUCAUUGAUUCUGACCAGUAUUGAUGGCCAGGUUUGUAGUGACAUAAUUCGGGCUACCGGAGACAUUGGCAGCACAGUUUUAAUCCCUUUAGGAAUUCAAAAUAUAAGCCAGUAUUCAGUAACGAACCAAAGAAAUUGCACUUAUUCAACAAACAUCAGCAUGGGUUGCUGCAGUGAUUGUGAUGGACGGAUCUGCCUGAGGAAAAAAGUCCUGGAGAUAACAAAUUUAACAGAAAACGAUGAAGGGAAAUACACUCUUUGGUCGGAAAAUGACAGCCAAACAUUUUUACUGAGAGUGUGUGAGCUGCCUCUGGUUGUUCAUAUUCGUUGUUUACCUGAUGGAGGAGCCGAUCUUUCCUGUGAAGCAUCUGGACAAGCCAAUGACAGUACUUAUUGGACUCUGAAUGGGAGUAGAAUGAAUGAUGUUGAUGCUUGUCAGAAGGAUGGUGGUAAGAGGAUUAUUUUAGGAAAAGGAGUCCAUGGAAAGCUGGUUUGCCACAGAAGAAACAGCUGCAGCAGUUCCUCCAUUGUGUUGUCAUGUAAUGAAGGCAGUGAUGGUUCUUUGUUUCGCCCAGAGGAUCUACUGCAGAACCCAUUGUUCCUGUACAUUCUGGCAGGAUGUGUUGGUGGGGCUCUCCUUCUGGCCGUUCUUGCCUCAGUGAUUACUUGCUGUUGCAUGAAAAGCAAGCAUCAUUUCAUCCCAGUGCCUGCUGAGGACGAGAAAGAUGAAGGAAUAACCCUGGCAGCCAUAUCCAGUGAAGGGCAAAAAAGUCCACCUAAUGGAGAACACUGUGAGGCUGCAGGUGCCCCUGGUGACAACACAGCCAAUCCUGGCACUGAGACUGGUGAAGGUUUUAAGCAAGAGUCCAAGAUGGAUUUGAAUCCUACAACUGGAGCCAAGGUAGAAUCAGAACCCAAAACAGAUGAGAAAGCUGAAAUGGAGACAGAGUUUCGAGAGGUUUUGGUUGACAGCGCAGCCCUGGAAGUCAUUGAAGACUGUUUUCCUGAUCCAACUAAUGCUUGAUUGGAUCUACUCCUCUGAUGUUUUCUUGCAGUCUUGGAAACUGAUGAUUCUUCACUGUAACCCAUCUCAGAAUAAUAAUAACAUCCUUUGUAAAUCACCUGCCUACACUAGCCAAGCCCGCACAGCUUUUUCAAAAUAAUUCACGCUGGUUAAAAUGGUGCUUCUACAUCUAACAGCACCAGCUUUAGAAUUAAAUAUGAGAAAUGUGUAAGUGUAAGAGUUUUUAUCCUCAGAUCAUCUGAAUAGUUUCAGUGUUGCUUCUGUGUCAACAUUUGGUCUUCUGAAAUCCUUGAUGGUUCUGUCCAGGACUGGACACACAAUGGAGAAAAUACUAAAGAAAAAAAAAUAUCAAAAGCAGUAAUUCCCUAGAAAAUCACAGAAAGCAUUUUGGAUUCAUCAGAAAGAUGUUUAGGUUUUGCACAUUCUUAUGGGCUAAAGUUGUAUAAUCUAAUAUUCAAAUUAUUCCCAUCUCAGAUGCCAGGAUCCAUUGAGUAAAGUACCUACUGUAGACUUCCUUCACUAGGAAGCAAUGAGGUGUAUAUUUAAUGGACCUUGGGAAUUUUCUCCUUGUUCUUUACAAAGUGAGGAUUAUGAGGCUCUUUGGACAAGGGAUUUUUGGAGCCUAGAAAUAUGUUGAAAUGCACAUCAUCUGAUUUGAACCAAACUCUUGAUGUUUCACCCAGUUCUUAGAUAAAGUGAUUCCUACCCUCUCAUUACUGUUUGCAUUUUCAAAAGGAAUGCUAACAGAUGUUCUACACCUGUUUUAGCUCACCAUGCAAUAUUAACAACUAGUAUUGUUUUAUUUGUUUCACUCUCUUGGCAAUUUUCAGCAACAAUUGACUGCUGGGCUAAGCAACAUAAUCAUUCUUAGCAUUCAUCUUGUGCUUUUCUUAGUGUUUCAAGCAGUUUGCACACAUCAUCAAUGUAAUUUACAGCAGGUGCUUCAUUAUGGUUUUUGUCUCUGUUGUGGCUGAACUUAUAGCUUAUUUCAAAUGAAAAGUUUUAGAAAUCCAUGUGUCCUUCAGGACUUUUUUGGUGUAGCAUAGCUGCUUUGACCAUUGGCUCUAAUGGCUUUACUGCUGAUGUCUGGAACAAUCAUAUGAAAAAAAAGACUACCAAUGGUGAGCAGUCAGGAUAGCAAUAUACAUCCAAUAUACUAGAUGCAGGGGAAUAUGAAUUAGAGGGCGCUAUUGUAUCCAUAUCUUGCUUAUGGCUGACCAAUGUAAGAAACAGGAUACUGGAUUUGACAAGACAACAUGACUCUAAUGUUAUGUUGACUUUGCCACAAUUUUAUGUGAGCAUUAACAUCAAUGAGCUAUUUGGAACUAGAAUUCUGAAUUGAUGUUCUUGGUGCCAUGGUCAAAGAAAUAUGGUAUUGUAUCUUGCUUAGCAUAUUACAGAGAGCAGGAAUGUACAACUAAAAGGUUGCUUUUCUAAAAAUACUGGUGAGGCUGAUUUUGACUUCAACUUGACAACAGAGCCCAGGGUUAAGAGAAAGAUCUAAUAAGGUUGAUAAGUUCAGAACUUUUUAUAUGAGAACCAAAAGCUGUUUCAUGACCAAAUCUAUAUUCUGAAUUCUUCAGACAUGGGGGGAGGGACAAGAUGUUCAUUUUUUCUUCCUCUUCUGAGAACAUUCCUUGGUGACCACAUAUAGGACCAAUUGCUAUUUCCACCAAUGUUUGCACCACUUAUGGCUUGGUACAGGGUUUUGUCACUUGUCUACCUAAAGCCUUAUCGUCAUAGUGGUGAAUGUGAUGAUGGGAGUCUUAAAAUUAGAAACCUUAACUAAAUGGGCCUCUUGUAUUGCUCUAAAGCUGUGGUUCUCAACCUGUGGGUCCCCAGAUGUUUUGGCCUUCAGCUCUCAGAAUCCUAACAGCUGGUAAACUGGCUGGUAUUUCUGGGAGUUGUAGGCCAAAACACCUGGUGACCCACAGGUUGAGAACCACUUUUCUAAAGUAUUGAAUGUUAAGAAUCCUGCUGUGCUUUUUCAAUACUGGGAAGGUGGGAUGCAUGCUUACUGCAUUAUGGAAGGUGCAUGGGCAGCUAACAAAAAUUGCUUGAAGAACACUGCAGAGUAGCUACAGCUAGCCAUGUCACUCCAAUUUCUUACUCUGUAUUGCAGCAAUAUAAAACUAGAAACCCCAUGUAAUGUUUUUGUCUGUGUUUUUUAAUGAUGCAACACCUAAUAAAAGAGAUUUUUGUACACCUAA